GGGAAAGUUUGUGCAGUCCUUGUAUCUGCUGCUGUCAGACAUUUGGAUCAGUAUAAGGAAGACGGAGAAACUGGCCAAGCAACAUUGAAACAACUCAAGUGGCACUCACUAAUUCUUCUUUAGUUUAGCCACAUCUUUGUGUGUGUGUGUUUUUUUUUCUUUUUCCUGCGAGAUUGACUGCUUGUUUGUUUUCAGCAGAGAUCUCCUAAAAUGACUGUUGAUUAUUACAAAGUACUUGGUGUAAACAACAAUGCCACUGAUGCGGAAAUAAAAAAAGCCUAUCGGAAACUUGCUUUAAAAUGGCAUCCAGACAAAAAUCCUGACAGAAAAGAUGAAGCUGAAAGAAAAUUCAAAGAAAUAUCUCAAGCCUAUGAAGUACUUUCUGACAAACAAAAGCGAGAUGUCUACGAUCGCUAUGGACUUGAAGGCCUCACAGGAAUGCACACCGAUGGUCACCCUGGUUCUGGAUUUGAAUUUAGCUUUGGUUACCCUGCUUUCCACUUCAGGGAUCCUGAAGAAGUGUUUAGGGAAUUCUUUGGAGGAAGAGAUCCUUUCGCAGAAUUCUUCUCAGGCGGUCGAACAUGCAGAAUUCAACCAAACGAUAGAAUGUUUCAACAUUCUUUUCCAGGCUUUCCUAGUCCAUCCCUUUUUGACCCAUUCCUUGAUGAGUCUGUCUUCAAUGCUGGCCCAAGUCGAAGGCGACACCACAAUAGACGUCACAGAAUGGAGCAACAACAACAGCAGGGAGUCAGCCGCAGACAACGAACACCAUUUGGAUUUGCACCGUUUGGUUUGGGCAUACCUUCUUUCUUUGAUGACCCAUUUGAAUUGGCACCAGCAGGGUUUACUUCAUUUUCAAGUACAUCAUUUACUGGUCCAACAAUGGGUGGAAAUUUCCGUUCAUCUUCAACUUCAACAAAGUAUAAUAAUGGCAAAAAAAUUGUAACCAGAAAGACUAUGGAGAAUGGUAUAGAAACAGUAACUGUUGAAGAAGAUGGGGUAUUGAAAUCAAAGACAGUGAACGGGGAGGCACAGGCUUUGACCUACUGAAGUACAAGACUUAAAAAAAAAUACUUGUCAUAUUCCCCUUUUUGGAACUCUAGGACUGAAAAGAACAGUGUAAAUACUGGUCAUCAGAUAUGACAGUCUGACUUGGGCUUAUUGUUUUUUUUUUUUCUCUUCCUCCAAUUUUUUUUUUAAAAGAACUUUAAUUUUUUUAUCCCCAAUAAAAGUUAUCACUACUAAAUGUUAUUUUUUUCUGUAAGACUGCACUAUUAUUUGGAGGGUGUGUAGGUUGGAACUGAAACUACAACUCUAAUUACAUAACGUUAAAUACUCUAGUUCUGAAGUGACAAGAAUGUUGUAUAUGUACAUGUUUGACUUGAAAUAUAUAUGUAUAUACAUAUGUAUAUAUCAAUGUAUGUAGAUGUAUGUGAUGAUAGGGGUGGGUUGCUGGGCUGGGUAGGGGCUUUACAUAACCUGCAGCACACAUUUAAACAUUUUCACAUUUGGAAAUGACAAGUUUCAAUAAAUCUGGUGAUUUGGAUCAAAGAAACCCAAAGUUUGUCUUCUGACAAUUCUGCAACCUGGUGCAAAACAAUUCAAGUGGGUUCUCCAGUCUGAUAUAAUAUGCACUUUUCUUUGGCAAUCUUUAAUUGGACAAGUUAUUUUUUUAGAAAUUCACUUAACUUUUCUCAAGCUUUUCAUCUCAAAAUUGAUGCCAAUUUUUUUUUUUUUUUUUUUUUUGCCCUUGUUUCUACCAUUUGUGGGAUUCUUUAUCCCAACCAGUUGCAAAACUGGAAAGUUUGCUUAUGUAACUAGGCAGAACUUGUUUAAUAUAGAAGACAUUACCAGAAAGAUCAUUUCUUUAUUUAUAUUUGUCCUUUAUUUUUUUUUUUUUACCACCCACCAAACUGAUCUCCUGUAGUAGUGGCUGAAUGUUUUCUAUGAAAAUAAAACUAAUUUUCAUUUAGCUCUUUUAUGUUGUUUUUUUUUUUUUCUUCAAGUUUGAAUGUUAUCCAUUAGCAUUCAUCUCUCUAGCUGCCUCUGUCUGUUGUAUUGCUUCAACUUAGUCUGCCAUAGUUCAGCUCAAAGUAGUCUCAUACAGUUGUGGUUGUGCUGAUGGAUAUAUCUUGGUGUGUGUGUUUGUGUGUAUAGUGUUUAGGUUUUCAAUCGACUGAUUUCAUAAUCCAGUUUCAAUUCUCAAGUGGUACCACUUCACUGAUGGCCUUUCAACAUCACACUUUUCUAUUUCUCCUCUCUAUAGUUGUAACACUUUAUUUUUUAGUUUUGAUAAUUCAAAGGAUUCUGUUUUAGUAAAUAUAUUAAAAAUAACUAAUAUUUUUUAUAUCGAGAGACAUUAAAUAAAUCUUUUUUAACGGAACUCUAGACAAAGCUAUUAUUUAUAGCCUUAUUUACUUCGAGUUCCAUUUAAAAUGAUUUAACUAAUAUUUUAUAAGCUUCACAUUGAAGCCUGAGAACUUUACAAGUUAGAUAGUCUAUUACAGCUUUGGCUUACCGAAGUUAUGUCGCCUUUUAUUUAAGGUAGGUGGCCAUUUUACCAAAGACUUCUUUGAAUUGCAUGGUUUUUCUUUCUCUCUCUCUCUCUUUCUCCCCCUCCCCUCCUCCUUUCCUACAAUUAAAAAAUUGCUGCCUGUCACCCUUCCGAAGUUACAUAAUUUGAAAACUGUCUUUUCUGAUCCCUAAAAUGAGGUUCAAAUCUGCAGUUAUUAAUUCUGAAAAAUUUUCAUCUGGUGCUUAGUAAUGAUUUACAAAAGCUUAAAUACUUUGUAAUUAACUUUGUUUAUGGGUGAAAGUUACCAAUUAACUUGGCUAAUACCAAAGACCUCUUGUUGAAAUAGUUUUUU